GGGCUGCGCUCUCACGCCUACAUCCACAGCGUGCAGCUGAGCCACCACGUGUUCCUCAACCUGCACACGCUCAAGUUCUACUGCCUGCCCGACAACUACGAGAUCCUGGACUCCUCCCUGGAGGACAUCACGUACGUGCUGAAGCCCACGUUCACGGCGCAGCAGAUCUCCAACCUGGACAAACAGGCCAAGCUCUCCCGGGCCUACGACGGCACCACCUACCUGCCCGGCAUCGUGGGGCUCAACAACAUCAAGGCCAAUGACUACGCCAAUGCUGUCCUGCAGGCAUUAUCCAACGUGCCACCGCUGAGGAACUACUUCCUGGAGGAGGAGAACUACCGGAGCAUCCAGCGCCCGCCCGGGGACAUCAUGUUCCUGCUGGUGCAGCGCUUCGGGGAGCUCAUGCGGAAGCUCUGGAACCCCCGGAACUUCAAGGCCCACGUCUCGCCCCACGAGAUGCUGCAGGCGGUGGUGCUGUGCAGCAAGAAGAGCUUCCAGAUCACCAAGCAGGGGGACGGGGUGGAUUUCCUCUCCUGGUUCCUGAACGCGCUGCACUCGGCGCUGGGCGGCACCAAGAGGAAGAAGAAGACCAUCGUCACCGACGUCUUUCAGGGCUCCAUGCGCAUCUUCACCAAGAAGUGCCCCAUCCCGCAGCCGGCCGAGGAGAAGGCGGCGCUGCUGCACAAGGCCGAGUACCAGGAGCUGAUGGUGGAGUCCACGUUCAUGUACCUCACGCUGGACCUGCCCACGGCGCCGCUCUACAAGGACGAGAAGGAGCAGCUCAUCAUCCCGCAGGUGCCUCUCUUCAGCAUCCUGGCCAAGUUCAACGGCGCCACCGAGAAGGAGUACAAGACC